CAGGAAAGUAGGCUUUUACAACGAAAGGGCAAACCGGAUGUACCUCGUGUAUCAUUUCCGCCUUUCCCGCUGGUCCAUCCUCUCACAGGAGGAGUGAGGCUACAGUCAGUUUGGAGGACCCACCGUCAUCACUCGGACAACCUAAAGUUUCGUCGGAACCGCUCGGUGUUUGUUUGGACCGCUUCUCUUCUCAACAUGACGUUUCUGAAACAGAUUUUUAACAGCGACGCUUCAACGGCUUCCGGGCGAAAAUAAAAAAAAGGAGAAGAAGAAGAAGAAGAAAAAAGCGGGGAAGUUACUUUUCGGAGGGGUCAAAGGACAAUUAUACCCAUUAACGAAAUAAUUAAAUAAAAAGCGAAUUUUCGUCGAAGAAUUUGCUUUUCGUGGAGGAGAGUCUACGUUUCGUCGUUUUUUUGGGGGGGGGAAUGGAUACGCACGUGAAGGAGGGACAACUUUAUGUGCAACACCAAAAGUUUGGAAAGAAAUGGAAGAAAAACUGGUUUGUGCUGUACCCGGCCAGCCAGAACGGCAUCGCCCGCCUGGAGUUCUACGACAGCGGAGCCGGUUCCGGCGGCGGCUCGAUCAGCGCCUCCAACGAGAAAACCAGGAAGCUGGACAAGAAGAUCAUCCGCUUGUCCGAGUGCAUCUCCAUCCUGCCUGCCCUGACCGAGAACUGCCCCAAAGACAACAUGGCGGCGAUCUGCGUGGAGACGAUCGAAAAGACUCACGUGUUCGCCGCAGAAAAGAACACUAUCAAGGACUGGAUGGACACCAUGUGUGACAUCGCGUUUCAGGGGGGAUGUGGCAGCAGCAGCAAUGCUGCAGACUCUAACGGAGGACCCAAGGACCUGCAGAUGUCGGACAACCUCAUCUACUACUCCAGAGAGGAGGUGAACGAGUUCUGGGUGUCGGUUCAGAGAAGCGAGGCAGCCGACCGCUGCGGACUCUCGGGAAACUACUGGCUGAAAGCCGAGAGCGACGUCUUGAUCCUGAAGGAGCCGAAGACCAAAAGGAACGUUCUGGUGUGGCCCUACAAGCUGCUGAGACGAUACGGGAGAGACCGGGUGAUGUUUUCCUUCGAGGCUGGCCGCCGCUGUGACUCCGGCCCCGGCACCUUCACCUUUGACACAAAGCAGGGCAACGACAUCUUCACCGUGGUGGACCAGGCCAUCCAGUCCCAGAAGGCUCUGGCCGAAGAGCGCCACCUCAGCGGCCCGUUCAACUCUGACCCUGACUGCCCUUCGUCGCUGCUGCGCAGCGCCGUCCCUGGCAGCGGCGACAGCAGCAGCAGCUGCAGCAGCCGGGAGGCGGACGGCGACUCGGGCGGCAGCAAGCCGGGUUCCGCUGACGGCGUGCUCGGGAAACGUGAGGGAGGAGACGGGGGUAGGGGACAGGCAAGUGGCGGCGUGCACAAGGGGAGGAGUUUACCUGAACUCCCCGCCAUGCUAGGUGUUUUGGGGGGCGGAACUACGCCUCCCCGUUCUCCCAGAAGCCAGAAAAGCGCGUCACUGGAAGAGCAGACGGGUCUGUAUUCAGAGCCGGCAGAUUCAGUCCGCCUGCAUCUGCAGGGCACCGACGGCCUCUAUUCUGACCCGGUGGACAGCAUCGUGGGUCAGAAGAAGACCAACGUCCCGUGCAGCCCCCCAACGGCCACCCCACGCCUCCGACCGGUCGGAGACGACGCCUCUGGAAGCGGUGGAGGUAUUCACCACCACGGAGGCAGCGGCCAGAGGAAACCACCGGACCCGUACGCUAACGUCUACGACCAAAUCAGCGCUCUGAAUCUGAACGGAGCAGCAGGAGGAAGAGCGAAGAGCAAGAGACCUCCUGGAGGCCAAGCGGAAGGGUCUUCGCUGCCCCCCGUCAUUUCCCUGGAGCACAUAUACGAUGAACCGGAGGGGUGCGCCAAAGGUGGCGGCGCACCAGGUAGCUCAAGCUUGAGUCCGUACGAGGAGGCUCGGCUGGAGUUGGACAUCCUGAAGAAACAGCCGGCGGUCCCCGACACCCCGGAACCCGAGGGGAGCUUCAGCUCCUCCUCUCAAAGACACUCCGCCCCUCAGGUGGUCCCGAGUCGUGGCACGCCUCACGCUCCUGCAGCCAAGGGACCCAAGCCGGUCACCGCCCCAAAGCCGAGCAGGAGUGCCUUUGCACGCAAGGAGCCGGUCCCACUGCCCCCUGGGAAACAUGCGCCCGUCAGCAGCAACUUCAACAACAACAACAACAUGUGGCCGUCCGCAGGAGCGGGGAAGGAGAUCUACAGCCAGGUGUCCAAACAGAAGCCUCCUCAUCUGUGGUACAACCAGAACCAACUAAGAUCUCCGGAUAUUAUUUAUGACAACUUGGGGGACAUCUAAGCAUCGUCGGGGCGGAAAGAGCUGAGCUCACUGCUUUUGUUUGGAAUAAAACAUGGAGGACGUCUCUUAGGACCAGCCUGAGCUGCACUGUGGUCGGAGUCGAGCUCGUUCACUCCUUCGGAAUUCGCUUUAACAAGCUUCGACAACAGACUGGAAAACAUGUUUUUUGUGGAACCGCAGCGUUUUACUGCUUCUCUGAAAUGUGACGCAGCGCUAAAGCCAGAAGUGACAGAAACAAUGUUUCCUGCAGACUUCAUUUUCCUCUCUUUGAGCCUGACCUUUUACCUGAAACAGGAACAUUUAUCAGGCCGGGACGCUGACACAAGACAUUGGCUUCAUUGGUGAAGCCACUAAAUAAUUGAAUAUAUCUAUAGGUAUAAAGUAGAAUUUUUUUCAGAGGAUGCAAACAAACCUUUAGGAAUCAUUGUGAGUUUCGAAAAAAAAAAGGAAGAAGGUAGUCGUUUUUAGACUAUUGAAUCAACUUCUCUGCACAUUUUUUAAAGUUUUGAAUGUCUUUGUAUAGAUAUAAACUAAUGAUGAAACUAAUCGAUCCCAACAAUGUGUUUAUGUGACAAAAAACAGCUGUGCUGUUUUGUAAAUAGAACUUACAAUAAAAUUGUCUACAGAAACUUCUCUGACGUGAAUCCAAA